AAAUCAAUUUAAAGAAUGCCAGCAUUAGUAUUUUUGAACCGAAAAUGGCUUAUUGCUUCUGAUGAUCUUAUGAUACCAUGCUUAGCAGAGGCAUUUCUAAGACUAGUAUGGCUAACUGCUGGCUUAAUUAUAAUGAUGUUUAAGAGUAGCAGUUGCCAUGAAUCUCAACUUGGUGAUUAUUAUAUGUAUAGCUGUAUUGGGGAUCUUUUAGGAACAUCUUGUCUGUCAGCAGCAAUUUCUUUUGUGAGUAGUAGAGGUUCUGUUCUAGAGGAAGGGAAACGAAAAUUUAUUGAAAACUAUUAUGCAUUAAGCUUAUUACAGUUUUAGUUGACUGUACAAUAGCUUUCUUUGGAAUUUGGCUCUUCAUGGAAAACUUUUGUACCGAAAAGAAAAUUUUUAUUAAGGUAACAACUGUCUGUGCUUGGAUUUACAUAUUUAUUUUUGGAACUAGUAUUGUAAUUUUCUACAGUUAUCUUGGUUCAGCAAAAUAUUGGAAAACAAAAUCAAAUACGAAGUCUUCAAAUUUCUUUCAGAAAGCAGAACACAUUUGGAAACUAAGGUAAAUUAAUGAAAUACAUUUUAAAUUCCAUGCAUAGAAAAUCCUUGCAGUUUGAAAGUAUACUUUUCUAACUUGUAGUUUAUAUAUAAAUCACUGCUCGUUGUGUCAGGAUGUUUA